UAAAACAACACAAUUAAAGAAAAAGAAUCCUCUCGACAAGUUCGAAAAAGUUCCAAAUAUGAGAAACAAGAACGGUAAAAGAGUCAGAGUCGAGCCAUCGGGGAGGGCAGCGGAGUCGGUGGUUGCUAAGCAUAGGUUUGGAAGAAGAUCGCCAUCGAGCAGCACAUCAUCACUGGCUAGCUCGUGCCUAUCGACGAUGGAGGAAAUGAAGGAGGAGGUUGCAUCGUCGUGGAUUGAGGAACCGCCGGUGAUGGUGGUGACGGGAUGUCGAAGAUGUUUUAUGUAUGUUUUGGUCUCACAAGCAAGGCUGUGUUGCCCUAAGUGCAAAUGCAAUGAUUUGAUCCUGUUUUAGAGAAUUUGUGUUAAGUUAUGAUUUUGAUUUGGACUUUUAAGUAUUGGAAAUUUCUCUAUGCAUGGUGAAUAUUUAAAGAUAUAUAUAUAAAUCAAAUUAAGUACCACUGCUU